ACAAAGAGUUGGAGAAUCCCACGGAUGCUGAACACAGGCUGUCACUGGGGAGAGGUACAGGGAGGCAGGCUGUGUGUCAAGGACAAACACACCAGCCGGGUGAUAAGGGACAGAAACAGCCUCUUUGACAAGGGACAGAGACAACGAGGAAUGAUCCCUCCCAUUGUACAUACUGCAAGCACACAGACCCCCCACACACUGCACACACCAUUGUCACUAUCUCAGGCUGCUCUAACAUAGCACACAAUUUAUCAGCUGCUGGACCAGUCUAUCUCCCCGGACCAUCUAAUGACAUUCUGAAUGACCCCUGAACCGUGGUUGUUAUUGACCUCCAAAAUGUUGCUGCCGCUGGUUCUCUUCUGCAUUGUACCCCUGGAUGUGGCCCCUCUGGUGUCAGAUCUUCCACUUAGCUUCUCUCUAGAAUCAGACAUUGUACACCCUAUCCGAGUGGAUGAACAUGGUUCUUUCUUAACCUUUGACUUGUCCCCCCGGAUUGUAAAGAAGCGUGGGGUGUCCCAUCACAAACCUACCUCUACCUUCUAUGAGAUAAGUUUUCAAGGAAUGGAGCUGACCUUUAACCUUAGUCAGAAUAAUCAGCUACUAGCUCCUGGUUAUGUGACCGAAUGGCGCAGUGGAGGGAUCCAAGAAGCGAGAAUCCAGAGCAAGCAACAUAGCCCUUGCCACCUUAUGGGAAAUGUGCAAACAGAGAACCAAUUUGUGGGGAAUGCAGCAAUCAGUAUAUGUAAUGGACUGAGAGGAGUUUUCCAGAUGGAACAUGAUGAUUUUAUGAUCGAGCCAGUAUUAACGAGUGUAGGAUCUGGGGAAGCCAUGCCCCAUCGCAUCUAUAGACGUCAUGCAGCAGAGCCCAAUAUAGAGGAGAAGGCUGGGAACAUGAGCUGUGGAGUGAAAGAUAACCCAAACUCCCAAGAAAAAUGGGAGAGAAGAAGAGAACGAUGGGAGCAAGCAAAGCAAAGGGAACGCAGAAUUCGGCCUCGAUCUAUCAGCAAAGAGAAGUGGGUGGAGACACUGGUGGUGGCAGACAAAAAGAUGGUGGAAUACCAUGGUAGAGACCAAGUGGAGAACUACGUCCUAACUAUCAUGAAUAUGGUGGCUGGACUUUUUCACGAUGCCAGCAUUGGAAACCGAAUAAAUAUUGUUAUUGUACGCCUGAUACUUUUGGAGAGUGAAGAGGAGGAUUUAAAGAUUACGCAUCAUGCUGACAACACUCUGCGCAGCUUCUGUAAGUGGCAAAAAGGUGUCAAUAUGAAGGGGGAGAAUCAACCUCUGCACCAUGAUGUUGCUGUGCUGCUGACCAGGAAAGACCUCUGUGCUGCUAUGAACCGUCCUUGUGAGACUCUUGGCCUAUCUCAUGUGUCAGGCAUGUGCCAGCCACACCGCAGCUGCAAUAUUAAUGAGGAUACUGGCCUGCCCACUGCAUUCACUGUCACUCAUGAAUUGGGACACAGUUUUGGGGUACAGCAUGACGGCAGCGGGAAUGACUGUGAACCACAAGGGAAGAGGCCCCAUAUCAUGUCCCCACAAAUGCUGUAUGAUACAUCACCUCUGACUUGGUCCCACUGUAGUCGAGAUUACAUCACCCGAUUCCUUGACCGCGGAUGGGGGCUUUGUCUAGAUGACCCUCCAAGUAAGGAACUCCUGAACUUCCCCUCUGUGCCCCCUGGUGUGCUAUAUGACUUAGGGCACCAGUGCCGACUACAGUAUGGGGCGCAAUCCAGCUUCUGUCAGGAUAUUGAUGAUGUGUGUAACACACUCUGGUGCUCUGUGGGAUCCACGUGCCACUCCAAAUUGGAUGCUGCAGUGGACGGAACAACUUGCGGUGAGAACAAGUGGUGCUUUAAUGGAGACUGUGUACCAGUUGGACAUCGCCAUGAACCUGUUGAUGGCAUGUGGAGCUCAUGGAGUAUGUGGUCGUCAUGUACGCGGACUUGUGGAGCUGGAGUGCAGAGCGCAGAGCGUCAGUGCAACAGUCCAACCCCCAAAUAUGGAGGACGUUACUGUCUAGGAGAACGAAAGAGAUUCCGCUUGUGCAAUAUUGGGGCCUGCCUACUGGAUACUCCUUCGUUCCGACACUUGCAGUGUGCUCAGUUUAACCCUGUUCCCUACAGAGGAAAGCAGCAUCGCUGGAGCCCUGUGUAUAACAGCAUUAAUCCAUGUGAGCUACACUGCAGAGCCGAUGGUGAAUACUUUUCAGAGAAGCUAUUGGAUGCUGUGAUUGAUGGUACUCCAUGUUAUGAAGGCAAUAGAAGUCGGGACCUGUGUAUCAAUGGUAUAUGCAAGAAUGUUGGCUGUGACUAUGAGAUUGAUUCCAACGCGGUUGAAGAUCGCUGUGGAGUGUGUCAUGGGGAUGCAUCCUCCUGUCACACUGUAAGCAAAACAUUUGAGGACAGCGAUGGAUUAGGAUAUGUGGAUAUUGGACUCAUACCCCCUGGUGCCCGUGAGAUACGCAUUGAGGAGGUGGCGGAAGCUGGAAAUUUCCUGGCUCUACGCAGUGAAGACCCAGAGACAUAUUUUCUAAAUGGGAAAUGGACCAUUCAGUGGAAUGGAGAUUAUCAAGCUGCAGGUACAAUCUUCACGUACACACGUACUGGGAAUCUGGAGAAUCUCACUGCACCUGGACCCACAUAUGAGCCUGUAUGGAUUCAGCUGCUGUUCCAGGAGAAAAAUCCCGGUGUUCGUUAUCAGUAUACUGUCAGAAGGGAUGCAGACAGCAGCAACGAGAUCCAACCUCCAGAUUUCUCUUGGCGCUAUGGCUCGUGGACUGGAUGUUCAGCAACUUGUGGAACUGGAAUACAAAGGCAGCUGGUGCAUUGUGUAGAGAAACUGGCUGGCUUGGUGGAAGAGAGAUAUUGUGACUUUCUUACAAGACCUGAUGACAAGCAGCGAAACUGUAAUGAGGAGCCAUGUCCCCCCCGAUGGUGGGUGGGAGAAUGGCAGCAGUGUACCACUACUUGUGGGCCAAAUGGUCAACAGAAAAGAACUGUUCUAUGUAUCCAACGUGUGGGGCUUGACGAGCAGCGAGCACUGCAACCCACAGAGUGCCAGCAUAUCCCCAAACCAGAGGCCAAUAUUCCAUGCAACCACAAUGUGCUCUGUCCUGCUGUCUGGCACCAAGGCAACUGGAGCCAGUGUUCGGCAUCAUGCGGUGAGGGAGUGCAGCUCCGGAACGUUUAUUGCAUCAAUGGUACAGAACAAAUGGUGUGUGACCCUUCAGAACGGCCCGACACUAAGCGUACAUGUCAGCUAACCUCAUGCCAGCCACAAAUUUUUAGUACAAUUGACUGGACUGGAAGUGGAGGUUCCAGCAAGGAGAUUAAUGAAAUCCUUCUAGACAAAUUGCAAAUUCCUUCAGGGUUUUUACACUCUCAAGAAGACAACACAAUUUCAGAAGCUGAUUUUUCCAGCCAUGGUGAAGGAGGACAGGCAAAAGAUGGACGAGCAAUUGUUGAUGAUUUCUACUAUGACUACAAUUUUAUCAAUUUUCAUGAGGAUUUGAGCUAUGACCCUUUGGAGGACAAUGAUAUUAAGUUGGGUAGCAAAUUGGAGCCACAAGGGAAAGAGCUUCUUACACAGGUGCCACCAACUGAGAAAGAGUUGGAGAAGAAGAAUGAAAGGCAGGAUGACAGAAGCACGGAACCCAUAAAAGAUAUUACAGCAACUCCUCAAAACCCUGCAGUAACCAGGCCAAUGGACAUAUUCAUCGUUAGUGGUCAGCAUCAGACACCAAGUAACUCUAUCAGUACUAUAGCUAAAACUGUCAUUAAGAAUAUUUUAACGCCCAGUACAGAAGCAACACUUCUUGUAACAGAUCCUGCAAAUAUAACAAUAUUGUCUCAUCCAGAUAAGGACCAAAAAGGAUUGGUCAAGUCAAACAAGGCAACCACUCAAUGGUACCAAAACCAAUUGAUACCUACUACUGAGAGUAUUUCUUCAGAAAUAUCCCCUACACUUUUAAUUAGUAACUUUCCAGAUAUCUCCAUCUAUAGAAUAUCUCAAGAUCCAUCACUGGAAUUAGCAGAGGAUGGAUUGCCUCAUGCCAUUUCUGAUGCCCCACAGGAUGUAGUACACCUUGCCACAGAACAAUCCUUACCCAAUAGCCAUUCAGGUUUAGCAUUACUCUCUUCAGCAGAACCUACUGAGAAUCCUACAUCAUAUCCAACUGCUGGUUCUUUACCAGUUCCACCACAAUAUAUUUUGCCAUACCCAGCACCUGGAUCCUCAACAGACUUAUCACAUAGGUCUUUACCGUACUCAACACUAAACCCUUCACUUGAUCCAGCACAUGCUCUUGUAACAUAUUCAGCAACUGAUUCAUCGCAAGAUCAUAAAAAUGAUGAUCUUUUAACAGAAUCAUCACUUCAAGAAAAUGUAUCAGAAAUUCAAGUAGAAGACUAUACACUUCCUUUGCCACAUGAUCUCACAGCAAAUAAAAAAAAUGUGGCCACUACUCAGGAUCUAUCCCCAGAUUUAUUGAGGCAUUUUCCAUCAUCCAUCAUUGAAAAUGCUAAAAUUCCAAAUGUUGAUAUAACAACUGCAUUACCAGAAGACCUCUUGUACAACCUGCCCUCAACAUUAUCAGAACUAGAUAACAUGGUUCACAUAGUUCCCUAUGCCACAUCAUCUGUAAAUACAGUCUCAGUUAAUGCCCAAUUGUUAAAUGUCAAAAUGGAAGGAGGCUCUCUUACCGAUGUCAGUGCAACAAAUACUGGGGAAUCGACAAGUACGAUUACUGCCUCUACAAUUACAACAUCAACAGCUCCUAUCACUUGGCAGCAACUCCCAUCACUGGAAAGCAAGGAAUCACAGAAAAGUUACUGGGAAGUUGGAAACUGGAGUGAGUGCUCCACCUCCUGCGGUCUGGGUGCAAUGUGGCGUUCUGUUUCCUGCAAAGCAGAAAACAAAGAUUACUGUGAUCCUGAGACAAAGCCUGCACCAGCUCGCCGUUGUUAUCUGAGGCCUUGUGCAUCAUGGACAGUAGGGAAUUGGAGUAAGUGUUCAAAGAGCUGUGGUGCUGGAAUUAAGAUGAGAGAUGUUCAAUGUGUAGACACUCGGGGCAAGAAGCUCCUGCGACCAUUUCACUGCCAGAAUACUUCCUACAAACCACUUGCCCAGAUACCCUGUUAUGAACAGCAGUGCAUGGAGUGGUAUGUCUCAUCCUGGAGAGAGUGCUCAGAGGAGUGUGGCGGUGGGAUGCAACACAGACUUGUAACAUGUCCACAAACAGGACAAUGCAACGAAAAUCUGAAGCCCAAUAGCAGCCGCUCAUGUAAUGAACACCCCUGCACUACGUGGGCAGUGGGACCCUGGGGCCAGUGCACGGCAUCAUGCGGCGGUGGCAUUCAGAGGCGGCAAGUGAAGUGUCUAAACACUCGAACGGGAGCUACAGAGGAAGAUAACAGCCUGUGUGAUCACAAGCCAUGGCCUGAAAAUGUCCAAAAAUGCAACCCUCAGGAAUGCCAGCUUCACAACACCAGCAACACCUGCUUCCGUGACAGACUCACCUUCAGAUUCUGUCACAUACUGAGGAUUCUGGGACGAUGCUCUCUGCCAACAGUCCAGGCUCAGUGUUGCCAAACUUGCCAGUCUGAAGUCCAUAGUCCGCGUGAACACAGUAACCAGCGGCUGUCCCGGAGGUGAUGGUGGCAGUCCACUCUCUCAGGGAUGACGACACCAAAGCAUAGUGUCAGGAUAUUAUCACUGCUCUGAUGUAAUGGGUUAUUACUGUUAGAACUGGAGAACGUUUGUGGGUUUCUUCCUGUAACUGAACCUGCUGUUUUUGGAAAAUAUCUUCAGAUUACAGGGUUCAGGAAUCAGAAGAAAGUAAGGAUUUAGCAGGGAAUGGUUUAACUUGUAAUGUUUUCUUCGAAACGCCUGUCUCCAGGAAAACCGUCCAAGAAUGUCUAGCCUCCUAGCCAACCCUUGGUGCUAAUGGACAGCUAUUAUAUUCAACCUUUCAUUAUCAGUUCCCUUCUGGCUGGCCAGUGAGGGAAUGUAAUACCACCUUUGGUGCUCUAGAUAGAUAUCAGAUCAUUGUAUAUUAUUAAUUGUUGUAUUCAUUUUGCAUUCUGUCAGGUAGCCCCAUAUAUACAAUGCAUUCAAAGCUCCUACUAAACAAGAUUCUAAUAUUUGUGAUUAGUAACAAAAGGUGGUUAUCUCAGUCAUUGAAGUAUCCCCUGGAGAUUGAGACAGCAGAUGCUACAAGUGUGUUGUUAUUAACCCCAACAAUAGUUAAUAUUAUUUUUUCUCAUUUAACACAAUCAUCUGACCUAUUGUCUUUAUUAGAUGUAAAAAUCACCCGCACAUAUCAGACAUCUGCUGGCAAAUCUUGCCCUUGUAAGGUGAUGUGUGUGAGACAAGGAUGACAACUUAUCUUCUCCUUAUCUUGUCUGAGUGUUUAUGAAUAACCCUCUAGUGUCAAUGUUUUUUCUGGUCUGAAUUACUAUGUGAGGAUAAAUUAGUUCAACUUGUGCCAAGAUCUUCAUGUCAAGAAAAAUAGAUCAAAUAAUUUCUAUUACACAUUUAAUAUAGCGAUGUUUAUAUGAAACCAAACCUAGAGGCACACAAAGGCGCUGCUUCAGCAAGUUUCAUUCUGCUACAUACACUGAUUGGGAUGAACUUUGGGUAGUUAAGUUGUGUCUUUUAUCGUCCUUUAUAUACACAAGGUAAUAUGACAUGAUUAGCUUUUACUUCUUAAGGAUGGUGUUAUGACAUGUGACUAGAAUGUAAUUCAAUGUAUACAUUUUUGGAUUAACGGACCAAUUGUCUCCCCCCGAGGAAUGUUUUUUGAUAUCAGCUAAUUUUAUACCACCUAUUUUUCAUGUAAAAUGUAAACUAAUGUGUAAAUUUUGCUUUUAAAUUAUGACAAAAAAUCAUGAUCUUCCUUGGGUUUUUAGGAACACAAAGAUUACUAUCUUUAUUACAAAGAGUCUGUAUUUUGUGUAAAUGCUAUAUGGGAUAGGAAUACAGCAAAGGGCACAGUAUAUACUGUAUAUAAUACACUUCUAUAGAAUGUGCGUGUUCUGAAGUGGAAAAGACUGACUCAAGUUAUCAGUCCUUACUCCAGCUUAAAACAAACGAGAAGUCAAACUGGACUGCUUUUCUCACCCACAUAUGUCCAGCUUUUACAACAAUAACCACCUAAUUCAGAUGCAUCUCAAACUCCAGGGGCACCCUACACUUAUACCAGGGAAUUAUUAAGUUUAUGUGGUGCUAAAUUAAAGGAAUAACACAGUCUAGUGGAAACUUGUAUUUAAUAAUAUGAAUGUCCUGUGGAGAAGUCUUCUUUUUAGAGUGAUCACACAUGAUCAGUGAUUGUACCAAUGUUCUACAACUGAUUUAUUUGACCAUUUUAACCAUUUUACAACCCACAUGUUAAAUAAAGAACUCUAAUUCUUA